AUGCCAAGUGGAGCCUUCCCGAUUGGUACAAAGGCGGUCGACGCUACGACCUUGUCACAACAUUGGAACCUUCCCAGGCAAGACUUUACCACAUUCACCCCACCCCCCGCCAACCACCACGACAUCGAAUCCACCUCCAGACUCCGCCAACCGGGUCGCGCACAUUCGCACAUACUAUUGAUCCCAACAUAG